GGAAAAUGUGAUAUAUACGAUUUUCUAAAUUGCUACUGAUACUAGGAAAUUCUUCCACGCACAAUUGUAAUAUAUAAGCAACUGCGUUCUUGAAAGAAUUUCUUUCCGCUAUAGUACAAAUGUCUGCAGCAACAGGUGAUAGUAAGGAAAAUAUCCCACAGCAUGACGCAGAAACAUUGAAAGAAGAAUUCAAUCCUACUGAACACCAACAUAUUCGAUAUAAUCCCUUGAAGGGAGAAUGGGUAAUAGUAUCGCCAAAUCGAAUGAAACGACCAUGGGGAGGACAAAUCGAACCAAAUAUAGAGGAAGAGCUUCCAGAUUACGAUCCUGAUAAUCCACUUUGUCCAGGCAAUGUUAGAGCCAGUGGACAGAUAACUCCAAUAUAUGAAAACACAUAUUCAUUUGUCAAUGAUUUUCCUGCGUUAUUAGAAUCGGUUCCCAGUCCAUCGGCAUCGGAAGAUGAACUAUUUCAGAUGGACUCUGCCAGAGGUACAUGUAAAGUAAUGUGCUUUCACCCAAAAUCAAAUGUAACAAUAGCCCUUAUGAAAACAACUGAAAUCAAGGAAGUGGUUAAACGAUGGAUUUUUGAAAUGCUUGAAUUGGGAGAAAAAUGGACUUGGGUGCAAAUUUUUGAAAAUCGUGGUACUUUAAUGGGAUGUAGUAAUGUACAUCCACAUUGUCAAAUUUGGGCCAGUUCUUUUUUACCAAACGAAGCCAAAAUAAAAGAUAGAUACCUUAAUGAUUAUUAUAAUCGUAAUAAGAAACCACUUCUCAUUGAUUAUGUGCAGAAAGAACUUCUUAAAAAGGAACGUAUUGUAUUGGAAAAUCGCGAUUGGGUAGUCUUGGUGCCAUUCUGGGCAGUAUGGCCAUAUGAAACUAUGAUAUUACCUAAAAAGCAAAUAUCCAGAAUGCAGGAUUUAACAGAAAGUCAGCAAGAGUCUUUGGCAGUUGUUAUGAAAAUAUUAUGCACGAAAUAUGAUAAUUUAUUCAAUUGCUCUUUUCCAUAUUCUAUGGGCUGGCAUGGGGCGCCGACUGGUCCAUAUGCAAAACAGGAUUAUCCUUACUGGACUUUCCAUGGUAUUUACUUACCCCCUUUAUUACAUUCUGCAAACAUAAAGAAAUAUAUGUCUGGCUAUGAGCUCUUUGCACAAGCACAAAGAGACUUAACGCCGGAACAAGCGGCAGAGAAAUUACGAAGUUUAUCGAAUUCUCACUUUAAGCAUCCGGAAACAAGUUUAACUAGUUGCGAAAUAGAUAAAUAUUUCAAAUAAAUUAAUUUACUUUGCACAUAACAAUAUAUUCUUGUAGAUGUAUAUGUUACUCGCAUAUACAUUAUUUGUAAAACUGUAUAUUAUUGAAUUAUGGGCACAUGAACUUUAUGAAUA